AUGUCUUCCCCCGCGAUCGACAACAUCUCCCAGGAUGUCAUUUGGGAGAUCUCCCGCAGCUACAACAGCUUCCUCGUCAAGAGCAACCAGAACGGUGGCGUCCAGUUCUCCCGCGACCCUCUUAACUUGGUGAACAAGAACGUCCGCAAGCACGCCGGCUUCGCCAACGACAAGGCUCUCGGCAUUGUCCGCAACGACAAGGGCUACACUGUCAUUACCAAGAAGCCCACUGCCCCCACCAAGCCCAAGGAGACCUUCAUCAAGUCCCAGGUCUCCGGCGCCAAGUCCAGCCGCAAGGGCUACAAGGCUGUUGCGAACCAGACUGCCAAAAACGGCUACCGCCCUGACCUCCGCGCCGCUGCCGUCGCCCGUGUCUCUGCCAUCCAACAAUCCCACCUCCCCGUGAAGGACGAGCCCGCUACCAAGCUGAGGGGCAACAAGGCCAAGAGGGCCGCUGCCGCCGCCGCCGCUUCUGCUUAA